GCGGGGCCCGGCACAGCCCGCGCCCUCAGCGCCCGGCGCGGCCCCGGCCCCGGCCCCGGGAUGUCGCGGAAGAAGGCGGCGAGGAGCAAGGGCGGCGGCGCCGCGCCCUCCUCCGUGCUGCCCCCCCCCGCCGCCGCCGCCGCCGCCGCCGCCGCGCAGGGGCCCGGCCGCGCCGCCGCCGCCGCCCCGCGGGGCCCCGCGCCCGCCCCCGAGCUGCCCCGCAACGGCGCCGCGGCGCCCGGGCGGCCCUCGCUGAGCAGCAGCGGCGAGUUCUACGACCUGGCCUUCAAGGUGAUGCUGGUGGGCGACUCGGGGGUCGGCAAGACCUGCUUGCUGGUGCGGUUUAAGGACGGCGCUUUCCUCGCGGGCAGCUUCAUUUCCACGGUCGGGAUCGACUUCAGGAACAAGGUCCUGACGGUGGACGGGGUGAAGGUGAAGCUGCAGAUCUGGGACACGGCUGGGCAGGAGCGUUUCCGCAGCGUCACCCACGCUUACUACCGCGACGCCCACGCCUUGCUGCUGCUCUACGACGUCACCAACAAGGCUUCGUUCGACAACAUCCAGGCUUGGCUGACAGAGAUCCAUGAAUACGCGCAGCAGGACGUGGUCCUCAUGUUGCUGGGAAACAAGGUGGAUUCAGCCCAGGACAGAGUGGUGAAAAGGGAAGAUGGAGAAAAAUUAGCCAAGGAGUACGGAGUGCCCUUCAUGGAGACCAGCGCAAAAAGCGGCUUAAACGUUGAGUUAGCGUUCACAGCCAUUGCCAAGGAACUGAAGCACAGGUCCAUGAAGCUGCCCAAUGAGCCCAAAUUCAAGCUCCAUGACUACGUGAAGAAGGAAGUAAGAGGCUCAGGCUGCUGCAGAUCCUAAUGUGCUUGGUGCACUUGUACAGAGACUCAUGCCAAGUGUUCAUGUGCCGCGCUCUCUCCUCGUGGACAGUGUGUGCAUGUCUGUCAUUGUGUCUGUAUCUGCAUAAAAGGUGAGCUGAGACAUGUGGAAUGAAAGCAGUAGCGGAAAAAGCUCUUUGCAGCCAGCCGCGGUGCUGGCCGUGCCGCAGCCGCAUCCCGAGCGCUGCUCUCCGAGCCCCGUAGCGCUCAUCACGCACUGUGAGCGCUUUGGUCCCCCCAGGGCCUUUCCCACACCGGUUGCUGCAGGCCAGUCCGCUCCUGGGCUGCUCGUGGUUGCUCCCCUGAUGCAGCUUCACUGGGGAGGUUCGGAAGGAGACGUGCGGCGGCUCGGGCCUCACCGCAAGCCAGAUCUCCUCCCAGGGCCACGGGCAGCCGUUAGACCUGUCUGUUUCUCCAGCAGCUCAGUGAGGAUGGUACUCGGCAAGGAGCAUUGUGAGAGCUCUUUAAUGUUAAUACAGUGCUGUGAAAAGCUAAGUGUUGCGUGACCAAGGAGAAUGCCUUCUCCCCACCAAGCAGCCGGGUAAGAAAAUAUUCCUGAAUUCAGUUUUCUUCUCCCAUAUACCUGGAAUUCACCUGUUCAGACUUCUUGGCCUGGGCACAUAGGAAAGCUUUUUUUUCAGGGCAACCAUUUUUGUAAUUGCUCGCUUAUGUAUGUCAAUCCGCCACGUGUUGUAACAUACCUUCUUGAUGAAGAGUUCUCCUUUUCCGUGCAGAGCUUAGAUGUCUGUUUGAGUAAGCUCCUGCAAACACAUCUGUUGUACAGAGAAUUCCUAACUGUUUAUGUUUGAUAAAGGCACUGGUUCUCCAUUACUGCAGUUCCUAGUACUUUAAUUGAGAAGAAAUCUAAUGUAUUGCAGCUUAUUCUAAAUACCUUGAUGUAAGUGUGAUAGCAUUUUUAGAGUGCGGCAAUGCUUUGUUAUCUUCAGGGUUCUUUUGGGAUAGCUCCUUCUUUUAACUGAGGAAAGCUGAAGAGAAUGCUCCAGGCACUGAUUGUACAGGUUUAAGAACCUUGUGCCAGCGCUCUUCAGUGGAGUCCUCAGCCCUUAUUUCUGUGCCAGGCAUUUGGCACUUUCAACUGCUCUCCUAGGUAUAAAUCCGAAUUUAGAUGAAAUGUUUGGCCAUUGGCAAAUUUCUCCAGCUGCAGGUAUGUGCGAAUUCCACAUGCACGACAUCCAGGUACCCGUUCCGUUGAGCCUCCUUGCGCUGCCUUAAAUGGACCAGGACGCAAUAAAUCAACCGUUCACCCUUUCCAGAUGCCAGCAAACAUUGGCUUCAUCAGCAAUUAAGUCAGACAUAGCUGCCCCUUGCUUUGCCUGGGGUGUUUGCUCGAGCUGCAACCCUGCCUUCUUUACACGCAGGGAAGUCCCUCCGCAGCUGCUGAGGGCUUGGGGCACACGGGAUUCGGCAGGCAGUGAGGCAAGGGAGUCCUCAGAGUGGCACUUUUCCUCAAUUAGCUGCCUUAAAAUGAGCAGUGCACGAAGAACUGGUACUUACAGCUGCUCUUUCAGGCAAGUCCAGCACAGUAAUCGUAUGAGAAAGGAUUCUAAAAUAAACUACUGAGAACAUAGCACUUUUUCUUAAAUAGCUUUUACGGAGAAGUAAGUCAUAAUUUUUUGAUUUAAAAGUGUGGCUGAAGCUGUAAGCAGCAGUUCUUCCAAAAGUUUAGGGGAUUAUUGGUUGUCUGUUCCUGCAGGAAUUAUUUGCAGUGAAUAGUCUAGAGCAGACUCCUGCUGCAUGUGCCAGCACAGCAGGACCGUACAGGUGGGUAUUAAUGGACAGAGCCUGCUCCCUACUGGCAGCACCAAGUAUUUACUUUGGGGGAAAUAAAUAGCAGUCAGGUCUCUUCGAGUUCCACGUUAACAAGGCCUCAUUCACCCUUUUCCCCAACAAUUACCCAAGGCCACAGCAAGGACCGGUGAAGAUCGAGUGCUGCAGCACAUUCAAGUCAGGCAGGUGGCCUUUGUGGCUUUAACUGGAGAUCACAUUCAGAUGCUAAGAGCCACUGUGUCCCUCGCAGAUUUGCAUAGCUGCUCUCACCAGAGAGCAGAAAAUCCAUCCAUCCAUCCCGCAGUGAAGACAUUCAGAGAAAUAGCAGAACUCUCUUCAGAUCCACCCACACUAAAAAGUGGUCCUGCCUGCUUUACAUUAGGCUACAAUUUUCCUCUUAAAAAUUGUUUGCACUUUGCAACACAGGGAAGGAUCUGCAAGUUAAUUGAGCACUACUGAGAAGUGAGCAGUAAUCUGGGUAAAACUGACUGUUUCAUGCUGCUUUGGUAAGCUUUGCUGUGUGCCUGUAGCUGCUACUUAGCAUCUCUUACAUGAAGCUGCUUAUCUUACAGCCACCUCUGUUCUCUUUCUGGGCUGUGUAACCUAAGCUUGCUGGCUGCAGUUAAAAAAAGCCCAUGAUGAGUGGAAUUUUCUGCAAGCCCUGGCCUUACAAAGUACCAGAUUUUGGUUACACGGCUGUGCAAGGGCCAGCCCAGCAAAGAUGCACAGGAAAGGAGGAGUCGGGCAGUUCAAACACCAUGGAUCUGUUCCCCAAGUCUGCCUUCAGCACCUUAUUUUCUGAGAAUCAACCUAGCAGUGUGUAACAACAACUCUUCUCCUAAGGUGCCAGUCACCACACGGCCACACUACCCUGCAGGUAGUCUGCUGGAAGGGACAAAGGAUCAGCAGUUUACUUCUGAUAGUCUAUCAGAGUUGUUGCCUUUCCUCUUUCUAGCAGGGCAGAAGCCUUGCAUCUUGCCAUCUUGAAGAAAAAGCUGACAACUUUUACCUUCCUUCUGAGUGUGGGAGCAAAACCAAUUAAAAACCAUUUAAAUAGGGAAGAUUUAAAAGCCACCCUUUGAAGGGCUUUAACUAAAUAUGCCUUUUGGGAGCUCUAACUUUAAGACAGCAGAAACAUCCCAACUGUAUUUGUGGUAUUUCCCAGUGAUGCACCUAAGUGAGACUCAAGAUCCACUGCUACCCAACUACUAGUUCCCUAUAUGCUACCUGUCUUGUAAUGCCUGCCAACUAACCCUGCCUUUAAAUCCCCUCUUCAGACUGUUUUUGGCAUCUUUUUUACAUGGGCCUUUACUGCCACCAAGUGAUGAAGAAUUGCUAGUACAUUCAAACAAGCCUAAGGACUCAGCAUUACAAGCACUUCUAGUUUUUGCUGGCUCUUGUUUACAGCUUUUGUUUCAUUCCUGUUAAUAAAAUUUUUUAAUAACC